GCUGGUAAAAACGUUUUACAAUAUCACAGGUACAGAAUGUCUUCAGUGUACAAGUUCCAUGAUGGCUUACAUCCUAUAUGUAUACUGCAAAGUCUUUUUGAGUUGCAGAAUACAGGUUCUUUAUGUGAUGUGACCCUUGUUGUUAAUGGAGAUGAGAUUAGAGCACACAAAGCUGUGUUGGCUUCUGCAUCUCCAUAUUUCAGGGCAAUGUUUACUUCAGGGUUGACUGAAACAAUGCAGGAUCGUAUUGUAUUGCAUGAAAUGGAAUUUCCCAUUUUGAGAGAUAUUAUUUCCUUCUUCUACACAGGACAUAUAGAUAUGACUGAAGAAAAUGUGUAUGUGAUGUUGGAAAUGGCAGAUUUUUUGCAAGUGUCAGCCCUACAAGCAGCUUGUUCACAUUACCUGUUGUCAGCACUGAGUGCAAGUAAUUGUUUAUCAGUAUAUGUGCGUGCCAGUUUGCGAGGUGAUAAGUACACAGCUUAUAGGGUCUUCCGGUACUUACUGCUCAACUUCAAGGCUGUGAUGGAGGAAGAGGAUUUCGUGCUUAUGCCACCAGAGGCUCUUUUGAAAGUUUUGAGUUCACAAUUGCUCAAUGUAUCUCAUGAAGGCCAACUUUUGGAGGGAGUGAUACGAUGGUGGAAGCAUGAUCAUUCAGAACGAUUUAAAUAUUUGAAACCCUUAAUUUCAAAAAUCAGUCUUGAACAAGUGCCAAUGGAACUGUUGCUUAGUUUCAAAAGUGAUCCAUUGUUAGCUGAUACAGAACUUUUGUCACAAAUAAAGCAAACUGAAAAUUUUAUUUUAGAAUUGAGAUAUGAAAAACGUGACAUUAAGGCACUUUGGGAUAUAUGUCAUAAGAAGUCACUUUGGAAAGGCAGAUAUGGCAUGGAACAAGAGGUAAUAUUGGCAAUUGGUGGUGAAUCAUCAGGAAUAGCUCUAGGCAGUGUAGAAUGUCUUACUUCAGGCUAUGAUAGUUGGAAGUGCAUUGUUCCAACAUAUAUACAUGAAGGUGAGCCUUGUGAAGAGACACGGGUCAUUCCUACCAUGCACCAUGCCCGCUUCUGUGCAGCAGUCACUGCCAGAGAUCAUGAAGUUUUUGUUAUUGGUGGGACUAACUCUUCAAGCAUUCUAGACAUGGCAGAGUAUUACAGCAUCCAGUCGAAUGUGUGGUGUGACCUAGCCCGUCUUCCCGUUGCUGUGCUUGGUGCUGGAGCAGUUUUUCUAAAUGAUCAGCUUUAUGUGGUUGGAGGCAAGGGCAAAAUGAACUAUGAGAAUAGAACAUGGGUUUAUGAGGAACAUCAUAACACAUGGCAUGAAGUAUGUCCAAUGAUUAAACGCAGAGCGCAUCAUGGUGUUGUGGCAGUUGGAGGAGCUAUUUAUACUAUUGGAGGAGUUAGUGAUGAUGGAGAUGGUAAAGAUACAUAUUUAAAAUGUAUGGAAAGAUAUGAUCAUGGAAGAAGUCGGUGGUUUGCCAUGGCACCAAUGCAUGAAAAAAGAUCGUCAUUUGGUUGUGCAGCAUUGGGUGAAUUUAUCUAUGUUAUGGGAGGAAAUGCUGGUGAAUUUUGGCUGAAAGCUGUAGAAAGGUAUGACACUCUGACCAACCAGUGGAGUUACAUGGCCCCAAUGUCUGUAGUUCGAAGUAACUUCAGUACCACGGUGUACAAUAAUCGAAUAUACUGCAUGGGCGGACAUGACAGUGUACAUUACCUGAACAGUGUUGAGAAGUUUAAUCCAAAUACCAACAGAUGGCAUUGUGUGAAUUCAAUGCAGGUGAGAAGGUUUGGAAUGGGUGCUGCAACGCUCUUUGUACCUUUUUAUAAACAAACUUUGUAAUAAAGUUCAUAUGCAACAAACAA